AUGUCCUUGCCCUUCCCAAACGUCUACCAUCUCCGCACUGUCGCUGAAGCUUCAUCCAAGGCCUGUUAUGUCUGUUACAAACCCUCGGUCAAGGUGCUGAUCACUCCUGACAACAAAGAUUUCUUCUAUAUCUGUGUUUCCCACCUUAGCGACAGAGGGUUUGCUUCCCCCGUUGUAGACGCCGAGGCAGAAGCUGCAAAGAAGAAGAAAGAAUGGAUGGACAAAGAGAUAGAGAAAAUCAAGCAGGAGUACGAGGAGAAACAGCGCAACAAGAAGGCCAAGAAAAAGGCCAAGGACGACGACAAGGACAAAAAGAAGGACGACGACGAUGACGGCAAGGCUGAGAAAGAAAGGGAUGAUAAGAUCAAAGCCAUACAAGCCGGUUCGAGUCCCAGCGAGAAAUCGGAAGAUGCUCCUCGUGUCUAUGCCCUGCACAAAAAUUUCUAUCAAAUGCGAAUUGACCGAUUGCGCAAUCUAGAGGUUGCAAAACGGAACCAACAGCGUAUGAAAGACCCCAGCUUCUUCCCUGCAGCGCCGAAGGGCGACAUCUCAUGA